UUUAUUUUUAUAUUAUUAAUGGUAAAUUAACAUUGAACUUUGUCUUUGUAGAAUUUGCUUGUAUGUCUUCAUCUUAUGAGAACUAAGAAAAAAUCUUUUCAUUAGUGUGCCACCGUUCCUGUAAAAUAUAAUGGAAAGGUUAAAUGAUAAUAAAGAUCUUAAAGUGCAAAUAGAGUAUUGCGGUGUUUGUGAUUACGGAGGGCAUUGCCUUGCAUUAGCAAAUGCUAUCAAAAACUGUACGCCAAAUGCUAAAGUAUUAUGCAAGAGAGGACGGCAAGGUUCAUUCGAAAUAUUAAUCAAUGACAAACUUGUUUAUUCAAAGUUGCAAACAAUGGCAUUACCUGACUAUGAAGAAGUAGUAAAUGUUGUUUCAAAUGUCUCUAAAGGUGAAGAACCAAAAGAAAUAAAAGGACAACAACCAAUUAACUGUGCAGUAUCAUAACAAUUUAUUCAAAAUAUAACAUCAACAACCAGUGUAAAAAGAAAAAUAUAAGCUAG